UACAAUUUUAUUAUCUAUGGCGAGUGUGAUGGAAACUGAAGACUACGCAAAUUUUGAUCCCUACUGGUACAUUGAAAACACCGUAAAUGAUGACAUGAAAAAGGACCUCGACAGUUUCCAUAGAAUUUUUGAAGAGUGCAAGAUCCAAGGUAAACGCCUCCUAGAUGUAGGUACUGGUCCGACCAUCCACUCUGUGAUCACUGCCAGUAAUCACGUGGAUGAAAUCUUCCUGUCCGAUUAUGCACCGCAGAACCUUCAAUAUCUAGAGAAAUGGCGAAAAGGAGAGAUAGCUUAUUCAAAGGUGUUGUUUGACUACGUCAUCAACCUAGAGGGCCGUUCGAUGACUACUGAGCAGAGAGAAAACGAAGUCAGAGAAAAAGUCAAAGGAAUUUUACCCAUAGAUGUGACGUUAGAAAAGCCUCUGGGAUGUGAUUAUGAUGGCGCCAAAUUUGAUGUCAUUGUAUCGACCCAUUGCUUGGAUGAAGCGGUGGAUCAUGUUGCUGAACUAGUACAGACCAUGAAAAACGUAUCAGGCUUGCUAAAUGAGGGUGGGUUUAUCAUAAUUUCAUGCGACUUUGGAGCAACUUUUUAUCGGGUAGGGGAGUACAAAUAUACUGGAGUGUCAUUCACAAUCGAAGAAGUAAAAUCAGCAGUGGUACAAGCCGGCUUUGACAUCAAAUUAUAUAUUGAAAUCCCUUAUAAUGCUAAUGAAAACUGGGAUGCUGAGGGUUAUUAUUAUCUUGUCGCGACAAAAUGAUGCUUUUUACUGAAAUAUAUUAUGAUUUGUUCCAGGUUACAUUCCUCUCAAUCAAAUAAUCAUUUUCACCUAUUAAGAAUGAGGUUAUUAAAGAGUUAAUUAUA